AAUUCGAAGAUGAAUAUAUAACAAAUCAUUCUAAUAUUCAGCUUUCAUCUAAAAAUAAAAAAUCUAAACAGUUUUUUGAAAUAUGGGAUUAUUAUAUUAAGGGAACAGAAAAAAGUCAUGGGCAUUAUGAAGCUACUUGUUAUUAUUGUGUUCCUAAAAAAUCCUGGUCAAAAGGAAAACCAGCCAAGCUAGAAGCGCAUUUAGCAAACGAUUGUCCUAAUUGCCCUGACAAUAUAUCGUGA